AUGUCUCGUCUCCAACUGGUCCUCCCCCCGCACGCGGAGACCACUACGUGCGGGGCCAUGCUCAAGGAGUUACAGGUGUUGUGAAUUCGAUGUUUGAGUUGUUCACGGCCCAUUUCUUGAAAACACUUUCGUGGGUUCCCCACCGUUGAUGAUGAUGGUGAUUGAUGAAAGGCAUGGAAAUCAGUAUAAAAAUUAUUAGUUCCAUACAUUUCUUGUUUUCCUUUUCUUUAGCUGCCUUUUAUGUUGUUCCUGGGUUAAAUUCCGGAGGAGAUCUCAGGGAUUUAUUUGUUACAGAUCACCAGGUGAGAAUUGUGAAGGUGUUUCUAUGCUCGUUACCGCUUGGAGCCUUGCUCAAGAAUUAUUGUAUUUACCCGUAUCUAAGCCAAAAUAUCGUCUUUACCAGUCUCUCCCUCUCUCCCCUCUGUCUAUCUUUUAACCGACUAUCUCAGCCAGUUUUCUUUGUUUCAGUUCGCCAAUGGGAUGUGAAACGGAAAUAUUUACUUCUUUUCUGGUCCAUGUUUGGAAAGUUACUAUCAUUUAGACGUUAAUUUUUUGACGUCUUCCUGUUGUUUUUUUCCAAAUUUUUUUCAGCGAUAACUCUUUUUUUUUAGUAACAUUCCUUCCCUGAUCUCUGCGGCUAUUUUAUACACUUUUCAUCAAUAACUUAGCGUUACGCAUUUGUAAAACAUGCUUUUUCAAUUCGUCGAUGUCUAGGUCUGCUCUUUCUUCUCAGGUGUCAUGCUGAAGAUUGUUCACAUAAAAGUAGAGAAACUGUUUUCUUGAUGUAGAAAUUCUAUAGAAUGCUGUAUAGCAUCGACUGCAUUCCUGUUGGUUUGAAGGUGAUGCACAAACUUCAGUAAAUAACUGCAGAUUCUCAACAACAGAGUGCACAGUGCUGGUGAUGACAGAUUCAUUUUAUACUUUUUUCUCAAUACUUCACUAGUUCACAUGUUAUUUAUGAAGUGUCCCUGCAUAUGCUAUCUUUGUGAAUGUUAUUUCGAUUACAAAAUAUUUGACAUCAGCUGUCUAUGAAACCAGAAUUUGUGGGAUGAAAUUGGCGAGAGUGAUACUGAAAGGGACAAGAUGAUAUUACAGCUUGAGCAGGAGUGUCUUGACAUAUACAGGAGGAAAGUCGACCAAGCAAGAAAGCAGAAGACAGACUUGUGUCAGACGCUGGCAGAAGCCGAGGCUGAAGUAUCCAGACUCAUCCAGUCCCUUGGGGAACAUGAAUCAUUCUCUAGGGUUGGUUUGACCACACUCAAUGCUUUCUCUCUUUAUUCUUAGCUUUGGUAAUUAAUGGAUACUUGAAUAUUUUCUAUUACAUUUUUAUCUUACCUUUAAUUGAAUUUUCUCUAUAAAAAUUUAAUGUCUACUUAGUUGGAAAAACCAAAAGGAACUCUCAAAGAGCAGGUAGCCGUGAUUAUGCCUGCAGCGUUGGAACUGAGAUCAAAGAGAGAUGCAAGGUUGAGACAAUUUUUAGAUGUUCAGUCACACAUAUUUCAGAUACAUGGGGAACUAACAGGCACCCUUAUCGGAAAAUUUUCUUCUCAUUUACUUGAUGAGGAGGACUUGAGUCAAAGGAGAUUGGGGGAGUUGAAGUCCAAACUUCAGGAGCUGCAGAAGGAAAAGGUUCUUGAUUCUUUUUUUUUUUACCUAAAAAUAGGUUAUAUUUUAUUUUGAAAAGUGGGAAAAUAUCCUAUUUACCUAAGACAUAAAGUCUCUCUUCAGGUCAUGCUUCCUUUUCUUUUCUUUUUUUGCAGAAUCGUCGGUUGCAGGAAGUUAACAACUAUAUUAAAAUGAUUCAUGAGACAUCAAACGUGAUGUCAGUUGAUUUUAAUAAAACUAUUUGUGAAGUUCAUCCAAGCUUCCUUGACAUCAGACGUGACCAGUCUAAAAGCAUUAGCAAUGAUACUCUUGCGAGAUUCGAUGGAUCAAUUCAUUUUCUUAUGAAUGAGAAAAAACAGAGGCUGCAGAAGGUUUGAAUGAUGGCACACCGUAAUUUUCCUCGUACUCGCUUUGAAGAUGACUUAAGGAGGGUCUUCCUGUUAGGAGGCCGCUAUAUUUUACCUUCCUUGUAAUUUUUGCGGAGAUGAAAUCUUCCAGUUUAAAGGAGCUAUUUGAAUGUCUAUAAUCUUGCUAUUCAAUCUAGAACGUAAUACCUUACCUGAGUUUAGAGGGUUCUUUUCAUGUUUCAAAUUUGUUGAAGCUCAUAUGAAUGCUAUGUCCAUCCUUUUUCUCUAUAAAUUGAAAGUUUGGUGUGAGAGUUUCUGUUGUCGUGCUUUGUUAUAUCUGGAUUGUUGUGAAUUUUGGUCUCUGCUACUGGUUUUUUUAGCCUCUGUAUUUUCUCAAGAACUGUAUGGACUAUCAAAAUCAUGAACUAUCUUGCUUCUUGACUAUGACUUUUUUCUUUUUUGUUGAUAAGUCAUUUAUCUAUUUUUAUCACUGCUUAUUCGGGUGUAAACCCAGUUCGACUUAAGGCCAAUUAAGAUUAAUCCUUUCAAAAAAAUGCUUGUGCGAUAACGAAAAGAACACAUGAGUGGUCACGCACUUGAGAGGUGUAAUCUGUAUAAGUUGAUCCACAGGGGAGAAGCUUAUUUGAUUUCUUUAUUAUCUUCCUUCUCCAUCAAAAUUUCAUUUCUCUUUGUUAUAUUACGCACAUGGGCUCUGGUUUUUGUGGCUAUGUAAAACAACAUUUAGGUGCCCGAUUGAAAUGACUUGGAAGAUUAGUUACUGGAGUAAAAAGAUGGUUCACGGCUCCAGCAUUUUGAUAGAAAGGGUCCUACAUGAAAUGGAAUACUUAGGAGAUUGUAAGAUAAUCAGUCAAAACAGCAUGUGUUUUUCUCUUUUGGUCACAAGUUUGACUUCACUCGGCCGCCCUUUCAAGUUGAUGGUCUAGUUUGCACCUUUAGGACUCGAGUUUGACUUCACCCGCCGGACCUUGUUACAUACUUCGGAACAAGAUAUUUUUCUACUUGAUGUUGCCCCCUCAAUACUUAUGGCCUCUGUCGUAUAGUUUCGCAUGAAACAUAGUCCAGGUGUAUUACGCCUCCAAUUAUGUAUUUAACUUGCUGGAAAGUAUUCAUUUUUUAUGCCUAUUUUUGUUCAUUUUUCUCUAUAUCAUUUUCCUCGACUACCUUGAACUUUAUAGAAAUACCACGGAUGCUUCUUCUAUCAUGUCGUUCUCUUUUACUCAGUUAGUUUCCAUAUACCGUCUCUGCACUUACUGAGUUACCGUUUAUAAAAGUUUCACUGUUUUUUGGGUAUUAGAUCGAGUUAAGCAUGUCAGUGAUUUCUUUUAGAUGUAGAUGGAAAUAUGAAUAAGGUAUAUUCAAAUUCUAUUUGCAGCUUCAAGAUUUGGGUGGUACUCUCAUUGAGUUAUGGCACCUUAUGGAGACACCUUUAGAAGAACAAAAAAAGUUUGAAUUCGUAACCCGUUUACUAUCUCUAUCUGUUGACGAGGUACUUGAUAAGGGAUGCCUGUCAAUGGGUGUGAUUGAGCAGGUAGUUAACCGAUUUUUAUUACAAAAUUUUUUUAUGUUGGCUCUGUAUUUUUUAAACAAUCGGUUGUCAAUUCAUGUUCGACAUUUUUCCUGACAGACUCAAACGGAAGUGGAUAAGCUCAAUGCCCUUAAAUCUAGAAAAAUGAAAGAGCUCAUUUUGAAAAAGCAGCUUGAGCUUGAAGCAAUAUAUAAAGGGGUUCACAUUGAUACUAAUGGUGAAGAAACACGACAGGCACUUAUUGAUGUCAUUGAAUCUGGUUUGUCUUUGGUCUCAUGACAUUUAUUUUUCUUUUUUCAUUUCAAUAUUAUAUUUUGAUCUAUAUUUUUGGAAUGAAAAUUCAGAACUGUGAAUUCAAUUGUGGUUUGGUGUUCAUUAAUGUUUCUGCAUUAAUGAACGAUGGCCGUUUCUAUUUUUCUGGCCAAAAUACCAAGAGACUUUCUUCAUUUAAUCCUCCCUAGGUUUUCAUAUUAGCUGUCUUGGCAUUUUAAUUUAACGAUUCAUGUUCUCUAUCAAAAGUUUCUUCUCGAACUCUGCUGUUCGUCAAUACCAGUCCUGAAUCUUAUAACAGCAUGUAUGUGUUUAAUUUCGAAGCAAAUAUUUUAAUAAUAUUCUGUGUAAUAAAAUAAAGGUAGAUUAUUCUUUCUAUAUUUAUUUUUACCGGCAUUGAGACCUCUUGUUUCGGAUACUUGGGCAAUUGCGUCUGAAAUACAUCCCUUGGCCAUUUAAUGACCUGUGGUUUGAAAUUGUCUUAUAGGUAAACUUGAUCUUUCAGAGCUCCUUCUAGGCAUGGAUGAUCAGAUUAAAAAGGCUAUAGAGCAAGCUCUAAGCAGAAAGGAGAUUUUGGAUAAAGUGCAGAAAUGGAUAUUUGCUUCCGAAGAAGAGCUCUGGCUUGAUGAUUAUGAAAAGGUCAGUGAAGACGGGAUUGUUCUAGAAAUUUUCGUGAUUAUGUCUCAGUAAUAGUUUACAUCAUUUUGUUUCACUUCUCUGAGAAAUUCGUACUACAUAGAAGUGUUAACGGUGUGCAUAAAUCAAUAGAUUUGUAAACACAUUGUUUCAUUGGAAUUUUUAAGAGGGCGACGUUAUUAGAUUAGAGAAAUAGAUGUCUGUCAAAUAUGAUAGAUGGGUAAAAUUUCUCAUAACUUAUAACUACGAGAUAGAAAUCCCCUAGUAUUUUCCCAUUUGAAGAUUUUCUCUUUUGGCAUGAAAAGUCAAAAUCUAUGUCAAGCGACUUAAAUGCACCUGCUUUAAACAUGUUUUUAGAUAUUCAAAAUUCACCAAGAAAUGUCUCAGGAGCCAACAAAACAAGUCUUUAAUCAAUCACAAGAUAGUUCAUACGGUGCUCCUAAUCCCAUUGACCUGCAAUUGGAUGGGAUGUGGUGUAGCUCCAAUUUUUAAGAAAAGGAAGUAGUUGGCUGUGACUGGCAUAAAUUUCAUGUUUUGGUACUCCAGCCUGAAGUAAAUUAUUUAAUUUGUGCUAGAGAAUUUCAAUCUUUAUAAGAAUCUAUACAGAUUCUCAUGUCAGGUACUCUAUAUUUAGUUAACGGAAAGAUACAUUUUACCAUUGAGCUCGAACUUUUUAUGACGUUAUGAGUAAUUUUCUCAUUCUGAGUAGAGAUUCACUGGUUUUGCAGGAUCAAAAUCGCUAUAAUGCAGGCCGAGGAGCUCAUAAAAAUCUUAAGCGUGCGGAGAAAGCUCGAAAAUUGGUCGGAAAAAUACCAUGUGAGUUUGUAAUUUUCAACUUUAUUACUGAUUUUCCCAAAACAAUAGCUUGUAGUGACCUUCACUGGAUCGGAGAGGAAUUAUCUGGACGUGGGAAAAGCUAAUGCAACCAUCAUCGUGAUAAAAUGGAGAGAAUCAAGGAUUCUUUUGGAAAUGUGAAUAUUACUUAGAACUUAGACCUAAGAUUUUUUUGGAUCUUAGAUUUAUAUUAAAAGCGAGCUUCACCCAGAUGCAGAAGAAUUAGCAAGACUUCUGAGUUAAAUCUGUGACAGGCUUGUCUAUACACUGCUCUAUGAGAUUACCAUACUGUAGGCAUUUUUUUUCCACCGUGGGUUCUGAAUUUUAUGUGUCUAUAAGAGUUGCUUCUACGCUGGUAAGGAGAGAACAUAGAUGAAGGGAGAUGACAGAAUAACGAGAACAUUACUGGAAAGAAUCAUCAUAUUUUGACCAUUCUUCAAUCCUCGUGUAUUCUUAGAAGUCUUCUGUUGGAACCAGUGCCUGUUUACUGCUUGAGUACCUUAUUUUCUGCAAUGAAAAUCCUUUACAAGUGAUUAUUCUCGGAGACUUCAUGAGCGUGUCCUUUUAUUUAAAUGCAUAUAUAAAUCCACGAAUGUCUUCACGCAUCGGCAAAACUUUGAUACGUUGACUUCCUGUUUCGUUAUCUUGUGACGGCUAAUACCCGAGGGCAGCCAUUGUGGAGAGCUUGAUGGGAAAGAUCAAGGUCUGGGAGAAAGAAAGAACGUGCCUUUUCCUGUAUGAUAAGGUUUAGCCUCAAAGACGUUGCCCUCUCUUUCAUAAACCUGCGUCAUGAAGGUCAUUUAAUGGAUGAAUCCCUUUCUGUAGGAGAGGCUUCUGGACACCUUAGAGGAGUACGCUCUGAUGAGGCAUCAGAGAGAGGAGGACAAACGGCGAUCAAGGGUGAGCUCCGCUGUUUAUUUUCCUAACGUUUCCCUUUCUAGAUUAGAUUUUGACCUCUCUCUCUCUCUAUCUAUCUAUCUAUCUAUCUAUCUAUCUAUCUAUCUAUCUAUCUAUCUAUCUAUCUAUCAUCAUCAUCAUCAUCAUCUCUUUCUCUCUUUCUUAUUUUUAAUGUUAUAGUCUGUGAAGAAGGUGCUUUUGGUCUCCCCGUUUCUAUUUAGGAGGAAAAGAAGCUGCAAGAGCAGCUCGUGGCGGAGCAGGAGAUGCUGUUCGGCAGCAAACCCAGUCCGAUGAGGCCGUUCUUGGGGAAGAAGCCGCUGGGCCAGAGCUCUAACGUCAACAUGGCCGCCGGGACACCGAUGGGCUGCCGCAUCUCGACGCCGCUGGGCCGCCACGGCGGCGCCACCUCCUCCGGCAAGGCGAGAAAGCUGAGAGGAGGCGUCAAGUCGGCCGCGGCCGCGAUCCCCGUGAACUACGUCGCGCUCCCCAAGGAUGAUUCCUUCUCUCACAACGCGUCGUCGGUUGCAUCUCCUUAG